AAGUUACUCCCGCAGGCGGGGUAUUUCAAAGCUAUGAGGUAGAGCUCUUGAGGAGAAUCGUUUGGCGCUUGCGGUGAGGGGAAAAAAAUCCCUUCGCUGUCUUAAAUGGAACUAGGCGUAACAGCCGCGCGUUGAAUCCCACAUCGGAACUACAUGGAAGCCCGAUCGGUCACAAUGAGACACAACAAACAGGGCUGCAGCGCUGAAACGGAGGCCCGGGGCCCGCCUCCAGUCCUCAGUCUGGCCGAGUGUAUCUGCCCGGUAUGCCAGGAGCUGCUGGACGAGCCGGUCACGCCGCCGUGCGGCCACUCGUUCUGCCGGAGCUGCUUUCAGCAGACGGUGGAGAUCAGCAAUCUCAACUGUCCAAUGUGCCGUCGCCGCCUCUCCAACUGGGUGCGGGCCCAGGUCCGGCGCGGCGGCCUGGUCAACACUGAGCUGGAGCAGCGCAUCCGCCAGCAGUUCCCGCGGGGCCACGUCCAGGAGCCGGCCGAAGUUAACAGAUUGGGCCCACCACCUCAACUAUGCAAACCUGGUGAGCUGCGGCAAGAAUAUGAAGAGCAGAUCAGUAAGCUGAAGGAAGAGCGUCGUGCUCGUGAAGAGGAGGAACACAGAGCAAGUGAGGAUUUUAUUCAGAAGCUUUUGGCAGAAGAACAAGAGCAGCAAAUGUAUCUGACACAAAAGAAGAAAGAGAUGGAAGAUCAACUAAGGAGAGAUGAACAGCUAGCUAAGUUAUUGAGUGAGGAAGUGAAUUUGAUGUAUGGGACUGCUUCCAAAACCAUGGGUGGAUACACAAAAUCUGUUUCUUCAAAGUUUAAUUCAUCCAUCUCCAAAGGAAUCAAAUUGACAGCUCAUAACCCAAGUAAUACAGAAAGUAUACAAAGGUAUUUAUCACCUACUGUGCCAAAGUAUCAAACUGCUGAGAUAAGUACACUGGGAAGCAAUCUCACCAGUGCAGAGAGCACAAGUGAAGGUGAUGAACUAAUUACAAGUAGUAGCUCUACAAAAAUUCGUCUUUUUCAUUGUGAUAAAGAUGGAGAGCCAGACUCCAGUUCACACCAGUCAGAAUUGGUGCAGGUUAUUGAAGGAGCUCCUAAUGAAGAAAUCACAGAUCUGCAGAUGGAGUAUAUCAGUCAGCACAGCCCAGAAUGCAGAGAAAGUGUGAUGCCACAAACUUGCAGCAGUGCACAGGAUGGUUCUGAAAAGUCCAUGGAAAGUGUACCACUAGAGUUGAAGAUGAAUUCAAUUAAUUGCAAUGAUGACCAGCUAGAUUCCACAUUUAUGCCAGUUUUAAAUCAUAGACUUGAGCACGCAUGCACUAGUGCAGACUGUUGUAGUUCAGUUAAUAUGGACCAUAUAGCAGUCCAAAAUUUGAUACAAAAUCAAGCUGCAGAAGAUGAAAUUUUGAGCCAAACUCCCUCUAAAAUGUCAGCAGUUCUGAAAAGAAAAGUAUGUAAUUCCUCUGACGUUUCUACACUGACUUGUGUCAUGGUUAAAAAGAGAAAAAUUUGUCCUGAUGUCCAUGAUAAACCCAGUGCGAACACUGAACUUCUCCAUGACGCAUUCAAUCAUGAGCAGCUUGCAGACUGGGAGAAACAACUUUUUGAAAAGCACAAAAUGGAAGAGCAGGAUCGAUUGCUAGCCUUAAAAAUACAGAAAGAGCUUGAUAAAGAGAUGCAGGCUAUUAAUAGAACAAGGGGAACACCUGAUGCAUACUUACUUCGGGCAAAGAAAUUGCCUGCAUGUGAGAAAAACAUGCUUGCAAAAAAUAAAACUCCACUAGCAACAGCAAAGGGCCAUCAAACUUCCAGAAGUUCAGUGAGAUCACAGUCCAGAAAUAAGCAAGCCAUGCUCAAGAAUAUUUCUUCUGAACCGCAAAGACAGAAAAGUAGAAUCUUGCAGGAUCCAACACAAUCCUGUAAUAAGCAACGGGCUAAAGGUCAUAGACCACUGGCCUCCAUGGAUGCUAACUCUGCUGCACUGAUGUCUCCCAGUGAACCAAGAAAUGGUAAAAAACAACAGACUAUUGAUGAUAUGUUCCAGAAAUGCAACACUAAAUAAGAGUUGUCGAGAAUUCAGCUAUCAUUUUGUCCUGCCAAUGUGGGUUUCCUCUGUACAGUUUAGAAUUUAACAUUGAUUUCUUGUCUGAAACAAUUUUCCUGCUUUUCUGCAGAUUACAUGCAGUAUUUCAAAUUGCUGUUUAAAGUUCUUGGAGUUCCAAAUUGGCAUGAUUUUGUUCACUUUUUCAGGUUGUACUUUCUCAACAUUUAAGUGUUGUCAAAUUCAUUAAAACAGUGUUGCAUCUUGUUACUAAAAUGGCAAAAUAAAAGUUUGACAGUUUUUUGUAAAUAAUAAACC